UGGUUUUAUUUACUUUAGUCUUGGAUCAAACGUAAAAAGUUAUUUUUUGGAUGAAACAACGAUUGCUACAAUCCUUAAAGUAUUCAAAAGUUUACCUUAUAGAGUUUUAUGGAAAUUUGAUUCUAAGGAAUUGUCUGAUAAACCUGAUAACGUUUUCAUUUCAAAAUGGGUUCCACAACAAACAGUAUUAGAACACAAAAAUAUUAAACUAUUUAUGACGCAAGGGGGUCUGCAAUCAACAGAAGAAGCUAUUCGUGCUCAAGUGCCUUUAAUAAUUAUACCAUUUGGUAGCGAUCAAUUUCAAAAUGCCGGUCGACUUCAACAACUUGGUAUUGGAAAAUGUUUAUCACGAUCUGAAUUAACUGAACAAGUUUUAAACGACACGAUUUAUGAAGUGAUAAAUAACGAUGGUUAUAAAAAAAAUGUUAUUGAAAUUUCGAAUAUUUUAUGGGAUCAACCAACAAAACCCUUGGAUCGUGCUAUAUGGUGGAUUGAAUAUGUGAUUCGACAUAAAGGUGCUAAAUUUUUAAGAAAUCCCGCAUUAGAUGCUCCAUGGUAUCAAGUUGAAUUGUUUGAUAUCUAUUUUUGUAUUUUUUUUAUUUUUAUUUUAGUUAUUGUAAUUAUUUUCAUUAUUUCUAAAAGAAUAAUUUAUUUUAUUAGAUUUAAAAUCUUUAGCUCAAAACGUUCUAAAAUUAAAAGUAAUUAA